AAGAUGGCGGAUUUACACAUGAAGAUUAUCCGCAAGCGGUUAAAGAAGAAAAACGAGAAAAUUAAAAGCGCUAAUGUACUCGAAAACCCAAAAGAUGCCCAGUCCAUGUACACAUCCGUCUCACAUCAGGAAGGCUUUAAAGCUCUCCGCUUCUUUCUGGACAACAGACCUAACCAGGUCCUCUUCACCAGCGGUCCCCAACCAUGCGCGAGUGGGUCGCGAGGAAACGUGAUCCAGCAAAAGGAAGUGGAAAAUGAAAUCCCACCAGAAUCAGCGAAGACUGAAUUAAAAACUGCCAAGGUACCAAAAACUCCGAGCCUUGUGAAAGAAGAAGCUGAUCUGAAAUCUGUCUCAGAAAUCAAAAAGAAGAAAAGAAAGCGUGCAAGUAGCAUCCAGGAAGGUGAAGUCAAAAAGCUAAAAACUGGAGAAUUCAAUGGAAGGGGUGAACUGGAGAUGAACAAAGCUGAUAGCUUAGAGGUGGAGCAAGAUCAGAAGGAUGAGGUAAACGAAGAGAAACCUGAAGAUGAAGGACCAACAUUGCCUAUGGGCUUGACAGGAGCUUUUGAAGACAGUGCUUUUUCUUCCUUGAGUGACUUGGUUAGUGAGAAUACUUUAAAAGGCAUCGCUGAUAUGACCUUUACUCACAUGACUCAAAUUCAACAGAAAAGCAUUCGGCCUUUGCUGGAGGGCAGGGAUAUUUUGGCUGCUGCUAAGACUGGCAGUGGGAAAACAUUGGCAUUCCUUAUUCCUGCUGUUGAGCUGAUCUACAAACUGAAGUUCAUGCCAAGAAAUGGGACGGGUGUCCUCAUUCUUUCACCAACCCGGGAGUUAGCCAUGCAGACAUACGGUGUUCUGAAAGAACUAAUGGCACACCAUGUUCAUACUUACGGAUUACUCAUGGGAGGCAGUAACAGAACUGCAGAAGCACAAAAACUGGCAAAUGGAAUCAACAUCAUAAUAGCAACCCCAGGAAGACUUUUGGAUCAUAUGCAGAACACGCCAGGAUUUAUGUAUAAGAACCUGCAAUGCCUGAUAAUAGAUGAAGCAGAUCGUAUCCUAGAAGUGGGAUUUGAAGAGGAACUGAAACAGAUAAUCAGACUUUUGCCAAAACGGCGACAGACAAUGCUUUUCUCUGCUACACAAACUCGAAAGGUAGAAGAUUUGGCCAGAAUCUCUUUGAAGAAAGAGCCCUUGUACGUUGGUGUUGAUGAUGACAAAGAAACUGCAACUGUAGAUGGGCUUGAACAAGGUUAUGUGGUUUGCCCAUCUGAGAAAAGAUUCCUUUUGCUCUUCACUUUUCUGAAGAAGAAUCGUAAGAAGAAGCUCAUGGUUUUCUUCUCAUCAUGCAUGUCUGUGAAGUAUCACUAUGAGCUACUGAAUUACAUUGACCUACCUGUAAUGGCAAUCCAUGGCAAGCAAAAGCAGACAAAACGUACAUCCACCUUCUUCCAGUUCUGUAAUGCAAACGAUGGAAUAUUGCUCUGUACAGAUGUCGCUGCCAGAGGCUUAGAUAUUCCUGAAGUUGACUGGAUUGUACAGUAUGACCCUCCUGAUGAUCCAAAGGAAUAUAUCCAUCGUGUUGGUAGGACUGCACGAGGGCUUAAUGGCCAAGGACAUGCCUUACUUAUCCUGAGAGCAGAAGAGUUGGGUUUUCUUCGUUAUCUCAAACAGGCCAGAGUACCUCUAAAUGAAUUUGAAUUUUCUUGGAGCAAGAUUACAAACAUACAGUCGCAGCUUGAAAAACUAAUAGAAAAAAAUUACUACUUGCACAAAUCAGCACAGGAAGCUUACAAGUCUUAUAUCCGAGCCUAUGAUUCCCAUUCUCUCAAGGACAUCUACAGUGUCAGCACCUUGGAUUUGCCGAAAGUGGCUUUGUCAUUUGGAUUCACAGUACCACCAUAUGUUGAUCUCAAUAUAAAUGCCAGCAAAGGAAUGAAACUGAAGAAAAGAGGUGGUGGUGGAGGAUUUGGUUAUCAAAAGUCCAAAAAUGUUCGUAAAGCAAAAAUCUUCAAGCAAGUUGGCAAGAACAGAGGAGACACAAGACAGUUUUCUCGUUAGAAGGCCUUAUCACAACUGCAAUAUUCAUGAGCUACAUGAAAUAUGAUUUCCCCUAGGUUAACUGCCUUGGGCUAACAGGCUUGGUAACUUUCUUUACUAUAGCAGGUCAAGUUGACUCAUUGUUGCUGAACUUUCCUGUAAAGCUGUAUUUUUUUUAAUGUUGUGCUCAUUUAUAGAAAGUUAGUGGUUUAAAUGAAUCUAAUUUGAAGAUAAAGUUCAUCCUUAAACAUGUGACAGCUUCAGAAGUAUUUUGAAUUUAUAAUAAAUGUAUCAUUGAUAUUUUGUAAAUGACCACAUUCCCCUUUUUAAAGUUAAUCUGCAGUUGUCCCAAAACGUCGACUGUACCUCUUCCUAUAGAUGCUGCCUGGCCUGCUGCGUUCCACCAGCAUUUUUUGUGUGUUGCUUGAAUUUCCAGCAUCUGCAGAUUUUAUGUUUUUAAAAUCUGCAGUUGUGCUGUUUAUCAGGACAAGAGACUUCAAUAACCUUGUGACUUACUGAACAAGUAAUAGUUAUAUAAAAUUAUCUUGUCUUGAGACUGAACUAUUGCAUAUUUGCUCAGACACCACAAACAAGUAAAUUGAAAGAAUUUGAUGACAUUUAGUGGGCAUGUACACUUUUUAAGAAUCUUCCCAGGAUAGUUUUUCACCAUUUUGGUGGGUCCCAGCACAUCCUAGGAUGCAUCAGGCAGUGGGUGGGAAGGAUGAGUUUUAAGCCUGAGAAAUCCAGACCUCCGGUGCUAAAGGCAGACACGGACAAGUUCAGUUUCUGUUUGGAUGGAAAUGGUUAUCCUGUCCAUCUCUGAGAAAUUAGUCAAUGGCCUGGGGGAAGGUCUUUGACUACAGCCUCAGAUGUGACUGCCACUCAGACCACCACCAAAGACUUAGAUGUCUGGCUCACCAGUGUGGACAAGUCAGGCUACCAGGCAAGUUUGAGGUCUGGAUCUACCACUAUGGUAUCCUUCCCCAAAACCUCUGGUAAGAGGUAGCCAUGUCAACAGUUGAGGCUAUUAAAAAGCAGUGGCUACCUUUGAAGACGGCUGGGUCUCCUACAUAACCUGAGCAAUCUCCUCUGUACAGGAAGAGGAAUAAACUGCAGCUUCCUUUCAGAAGCCUGAAUGAGGAGUUUAUGGUUUCCUGUACAAGAGAAUUGCUGCUAUACAUAAAUCCUAGUGACCACGAAGUCUCGAUAGCAGGCGUCGAUGUCUGGACAGGCAGCAGGUGGAUGGCUGAGUCACACCUGAGGCACAGGGAUUUGGUAGGGACGGUGAUGUCUGGUCAGGUGCGGCUGAGUGGCUUUCCUUCAACUCACUUCAAAAGGGCCCAGGGUAGGGACAGAUGGUCCAGGAAGAAACUGUGUUGAAGUCCAGGUUGAACUGUGCAGCAGAUCUGAUCCAACAUCUGGCAGGCAAAAACCCAGCACCUCAAGUACAUAUUGAUCCCUUGGGAUCAAUAAAGUAUGACUAUGUAAUCCAGGCUGUGUAUGACAUCCUGCUUAGUGCAGCCAACCUUUUUGCUUGGGGCAUAAAAGAGGCACAAUUAUGUAGUCUCUGCCUUGGUAAAGAACACUGGAACAUAUCCUCAGCAGCUGCCCAAGGGCCCUGUGAGAAGGCUGCUAUUAGCACCAUGACCAGGUGCUGAGUGCACUGGCAGAUAGUAUCUCCCUAACCAUCAACAUUAAGCAUCUUCACCAACUCAGAAAAUACAGCCUUUGUCCAAGCGAGAGACCAACCAUGGCCUCAGCCAAGGUCACCAACAGGCUUGCUCACCACGGCAUCUGACUGGCAACUGAAAUUCAAUCUUGGCCAGCAACUGAAAUUUCAUAACUUAAUCACAUCAUCAUCACUGUGGCCUGACAUGGUCAUUCUAUCAGAAACCUUGAAACUGGUGGUUAUAGUAGAACAGACAGUGCCUUGGGAAGGCUGGAUUGAGGAUGCAUUUGAGCAUAAUAAGGCUGAUAGAGCAGUUGCAAAGAUGGGUUGAGGGCAUGAUGUGAGUCAGUAGAGUUGGGGGUGGAGAGGUUUUGCUGGCUUAUUGUUCUGCAGAACCCACUUCUUGGCAUUGCAGGGGCUGCAAAGAGAACAGCCAUCAGGACCAUCACAGAGGCUACUGAGCAAGCCUCCAGAUGGCUAUGGAUCAAGAAAUAUGACCCGUGGACCAAUGCUGCUGGAAUACAGGCCAGGGCCUGAUCAACCUUGGCUGUUCUGGCCAUUUGGAAUAAUUAUGAUGACCUCAGUUGCUAUUUUACUGAAAGUAGCCAUUACAAUAAUUGCAAAAAUAGAACUGUAUUUGAUAUAUUUAUCUCAAUCCUUAUACUGCAAUAACUUGUUUUGAGAUGUCAGAUUAUAAUUUAAAUGUGAACAUUUAGUUCAUUUGUAACAAAUGAUCAACUCCAUGGUAUUUUGAUAUAUAUAAAAAACAUGUAUGAAUUGA